ACAGGUGUCUCCCCUUUAAAAAAUGGAAAUAGAAAGGAGCGGAGCGGGUUGACUGUGUCGUCUUGUGCUGAAUCGAGUGAGUGUAAUGAGAUAGAUUUAGAAGAUGAAACCGAACUGGGAGCUCAAGAAUUGCUGCAACCACGAGCAAGUGGUGUUUCUUGUCACUGUUGCUGUCUGCACUGUGCUUAUACUUGCGCUCUGGAGAACCUUGCUACUCACACCCUUCAAGCUUGUUACCGUCUUUCUUCAUGAGGCAAGCCACGCCGUUGCUUGUAAACUUACAUGCGGCCAUGUAGAAGGAAUCCAGGUUCAUGCUGAUGAAGGUGGAACAACCCAAACCCGUGGAGGCAUUUACUGCUUCAUCUUGCCAGCUGGAUAUCUUGGUUCAUCAUUUUGGGGGAUGAUCUUGAUACUUGCGUCAACAAAGCUUCUUACCGCUAGAAUAGCUGCUGCUUGUUUUAUUGCUGCUCUAUUUAUUGUCCUCUUUGUAGCCAAAAAUUGGACUCUCCGAGGACUUUGCAUUGGAUUUAUCAUUUUCCUUGGAAUAAUAUGGAUUCUGCAAGAGACAACCAAAGUUCGAAUACUACGAUAUGUUAUCUUGUUCAUAGGUGUGAUGAACAGCUUGUUUUCUGUUUAUGAUAUCUAUGAUGACUUGAUAUCGCGUCGAGUGCAUUCGAGUGAUGCAGAGAAAUUCGCACAGGAGUGCCCUUGCCCUUGUUCUGGUGUUGGAUGGGGUGUUAUUUGCAUUUCAUUUCAGGGGUUUGAUAUCAUUUGUGUUUCUAUGCGGAGCUGUGUACCUGGGUGCUGUCAUCUUGUCCUAACGCAGACUCAAUCUCAUUUUCACCAAACCCAAAACCAAAAGUUCCAUUUGUAAAGUGGAAACAAGACUCUGCUUUCACUUCAGAAGAAAAGACAAGAAAUAUGUACAAUUCAUUAAGGACAAUGUUACCGAUGAUUAUUUCCUUCACAA